AUGGCAGGCGACGAGGAGAUCCAAGUCGACAUCAGCGCUACGGCUGUCUGUCGUAUCCUGACCGUGUCGACGUCUCGCCGGCAGGCGACGGCUCUGGUUAACCUCGUCAAGUGCUUGGAUGAAGCUUCAAGUAGUGACGCUACGGCAUCUGAAGAGGAGCAGAUCCCCUGGACGAUCUCGAACAAGUACUACUUUGCGGACGUGCACUUCGCGCCACAUGCCAUCCAUGGAUUGAGCCCCCAUCGUGUGCAGAACGUACCUGCAGUCAUAUUUGCCUGGGCGCAUGGAGAGGCCUAUAAACAUCACAUCCAGCGACUCGCGAACGAUCUGGACGGGUACGAGCCCGAGGUCUGCCUCGCCGUCCGCCUCGAUCCAACGCAAGAUAUCAAGGACGAAGACCGCGCAGACGAGGAAGAUCUCCGCGAAGAGGAGAACGCGAUCGACGAGUUCCUCGCCUCGCACGGCUUCGAGUUCGUCGACGCGUCCGCGCGGUCGACACCCCGCGCGGAGGAGAGCACGGAGACCCACACCGAAGCCAUGUCCCAUGGAAUCCCUCGCCUCCCGCGCGUGGUCGACGCGCUGAGCACCAUCAUGUGGCCAUCCAUGCAGUCGCAGGCCCGCCCGCGCGCCACCCGCGGCCGGUCCGCCGAGCUCCUCGACUGGGCGCAGGACUCGCCGGACACGUCCAUCGCCCUCGACACGGACCACUCGCGCGCGGCCGUCGACGACAUCGUCGCGCGCUCGGGCUCGGGCCUCGCCGCGCAGGAGGGCCGCAUGCGCCGCGAAAUGGAGGCGCUGGAGCGCUGGCUCGAGAAGGACGACUUCGACUUCCACGACGACCCGUGGCGGUUCAGCGCGCGGGCGGGCGGGAGCAUGGUCUCCUCGCCCUUGUCGGAAGAGUCGCUCUCUGUGUUUGGGGCGCGGACGCCAAGCGCGGUGCAGACGCCGGGCGCGACUCAAUCUCCUGGCGGAUUUGACGACGACUUUACGGUCUUCGUGUCUGCGCCGCCGACAGAGGCGCACGUAAGCGACGUGCCCUUUAGCUCUGACGCCUCCUUGCAUGCCGAUACAUCCUUUACCUCCAACGCAUCCCUCGACCCCCACACCUCCUUCGACGCGCCCUUCUCCUUCGACCAGGCCCGCUCCCGCAGCAACAGCCUUGCGCCGCACGCGGGCCCGUUCUAUCACUCGCUGGGCUCCGUAUCCGACUUUGGCGACGAGCAGGCGCCAGGGCCACACGACAUCCUGCCCAGCGACGACGAGGACGAAGAUCUGCCUUCCCAGGCCGAGAUCCGCGAGGCCUCUGCACGUAUCUUCGGGGCACCGCACGCGUCCUCCUCGAACCCAGGCGCACCCUCGAGCACCGCGCCUCAUACCACCAGUGUACCUUCCGACCCACCCACAGCCGCCCUCUCAGACGACCAGGACGACCCCGACGACUACGAGAUGGCCCCCUUCGACCUGUCGCGUGUCAUGUCCGCGCUGCAGGGGAUGAAGGAGGAGAUCGCGGGCAUGGAGAACGAGGACGAGCGGCGGAAGGCGGCGGCGAAGGUCGCGCUCGGCUUGGUUUAUGGGCUGGAGGCGGAGAGAGGGGGACUGGACGAGGAGAGGAGUGGACUGGAGGCGGGGAGAGGUGGACUAGACGAGGAGAGAGGUGGACUGAAUGAGGCGAGGAGGGAAGAUGGGGCGCGAGUAGGCGGGGAGGAUGCGUAG